AUGGCGAGACUUCAACAAGCACCGAAGGGAGACGCACUUAGGGCGGUACAGGGACGACUCAGAAAUGCAGCAAACCUAAAAGAAGUGAUGCAAGAGUUAAGGUCAUCGUUCGGGCGCCCAGAAGUGAUCGUGAAAACGUUGUUGAACCAGAUUCGUCGCCAGGUACCAGCGAAAGCCGACAAACUGGAGACCUUGAUCCAGUUCGCCGUUUCCGUAGACGAGAUGUGUGCCGCGGUGAGGACUAGCGGAAAGCAGGAGCGAUACGAUGGUCCAGUGUUGGAUGAACUUGUCAGCCGCCUUCCACCGAUGAUAAAACUGAUGUGGGGUAUACACAGCUUAAAUCUGCAGAACGUCAACUUAACCGCCUUCGGAAAGUGGAUGCAAUCUAUAAAGCAAGCGGCUCAAUCCGUGACACCUCCUGCAUCGUGCCUAGAACCGAGUAAUAGUAAGUACGUUAAUGCGCACUCUACAAACUAUUCCUCGCAGAACUGUACGGAAACCAAAUGUGCAUGCGACGACGGAUGUGCUGAACUGCAGGACUGCGUCGCAUAUUGGCAGAUGAACAUCGCAGACCGUUGGGACUUCGUGAAGCGAAGGUACUUAUGCAAAUACUGCCUGAGGAAGCACCGUGCUCCAUGCAAAGAAUCCAGGCAGUGCGGCAAAGACGGAUGCACGAUGAAACAUCAUCCAUCUCUACACAACAAGGCAGGUAAAAUCAGGCAAGAAGCUAACUUCUCCCACUCUACAGCCACCGAAGAAAGUGUCCUGUUAAGAUAUGUUCCGGUCGAGCUCCAAGCCGGAGGAAAAACGGUGAAGACAGUUGCCUUUCUGGACGAUGGAGCUUCGGUGUCACUGAUCGAACAGUCUCUGGUGGACGAGUUGGGAUUGGAGGGGUCAGACCGACCGCUGUGCUUGAAAUGGACAGGAGGGCAACAUCGCACUGAACGUGACUCCAAACAGGUGAGCGUUAGUAUUAUGGGAAUGUCCAGUGGUGCCAAGAAAUUCCAAGCCUCAAACGUACGAUCGGUAAAACACCUUGGAUUACCCCCUCAACGGGUAAAAAUGGAUCGUCUGCGUACAAAGUUUUGCCACCUGGCGUCCAUUCCAUUGCCACAGUAUCCGGCAGCAGCCCCUCGCAUCCUUCUUGGCAUGAACAACUAUCACCUCACGGUGCCGUUAAAAACAAUAGAAGGACAAGCGGACGAACCAGUGGCCACAAAGACCCGGCUAGGAUGGGUGGUUUCUGGGUGGAACGGCAAUGGUAUCAACAGCAGCAUCGUAUCAUUCCACCGGGCCCAAGAGUGCGACUGUGAACUCAUCGAAGCCAAGAUAGGGACAGCUUUAAAGGGUGGUUUCGCGCUCGAGGAACCCCGUCACAGAGGCGCUAUCAGCAUGCUCUCAAAAGAGAAUGAACGAGCAAUCGCAAUACUUCAAAAGACCACCGUUCUUAAAGGCGAAAGACGACUCGAAUGCUUAGAGCGAAGAUUGUCCAAAGAUCCAAAGCUCCGCGACAUGAUGGAUCAGGUCCUGAAAGAACACAUCGAGAAAGGCUACAUUAAAAAAUUAGCAGAAAGUGAGAUACAAACGAAACACCCCAGGAAAUGGUACCUGCCUAUCUUGCCGGUUUUCAACCCAAAUAAACCGAAUAAGGUUAGAGUGGUCUGGGACGCGGCAGCAGCUGUAAACGGAAUAUCACUUAACUCGAUGUUGAUGACUGGACCGGAUUUGCUCUCUCCACUGCCGGCAGUUCUUAGCAGAUUUAGGGAGUAUGCUGUGCUGAUACAGGAAGAAGAUCACAACAGCCAACGAUUUUUCUGGCGAACAGUUCCAUCGCAAACCGAUCCCGAUGAAUACGUGAUGCUGCGAAUGACCUUCGGUUCGGCGUGUUCUCCAAGUUGUGCACAGUUCGUGAAAAAUAUGAAUGCCGAUCGCUACGCCGAGCGCUUUCCGGAAGCAGCGGAAUGCAUCAAAUCUCAUCAUUACGUCGACGACAUGCUGACUAGCGUUGAAAGUGUGGAUGAAGCAGUAUCCUUGGGUAGGAACGUAGCAUACAUUCACCAGCAAGGCGGGUUCCAGCUGCACAAUUGGAUUUCGAACCAGGAGGAGGUGUUACGUGCGGUCGGAGGAAGUAUGCAACAGGCCAAAGAUUUGAACCUCGAUCCAGCGAUGAAGACGCAGAAGGUUUUAGGCAUGUGGUGGGAUCUGCAUGUUGCUCUGUUAAUGGGGUAG